CGGGGGCCAGGGCGGGGCCGGCGCUGUCCCGCGCUUCCUGCCACCCCGGGCCACCCCUCCGCGCCUCUCCGCUCCGGGCCAUGGCGGCCGUGGCUUGGGGACGGUGCCUCCCUCGGGUGUGGCUUCGCAGGAGGGCCGGGCCUGGCUGCGGCCGCCACUACCGCGCCGCGCUCUGCGCCGAGCUGAAGCAGCCCCUGGCCAUCGAGGAGGUCGCCUCCCGCCCCGUCCGGCCUCACGAGGUCAGAGUGGACGUCCAUUUCUGUGGAGUUAACUUUGCUGAUAUUUUGGUCUGCCGUGGUCAGUAUCAGGAAAAGCCUCAACUUCCCUUCACACCUGGAAUGGAGUUUUCGGGGACAGUAUUGGAGACAGGCACGGAUGUCAGCACAGUGAAAGAGGGAGAUCGAGUUAUUGGCGUGAGUGGCUUUAAUGGAAUGGCUGAAGAAUGCAUCAUUGAUCACAAGACACUGUGGCAGAUUCCAGAAGGGGUCCCCCUCCGAGAAGCUGCUACCUUGCCUGUAUCUUAUGUCACUGCUAUUUUGGCCUUGGAGCAUCGGGCCUGUACUCGGCCUGGAGAAACUGUUUUAGUGACAGCAGCAGCUGGAGCCACAGGCCUUGCAGUGAUAGAUGUGGCAACAAAUGUUCUUCAGGCUAAGGUAAUAGCUGCAGCCGGAAGUGACGAGAAGUGCAGGCUGGCGAUGCGGAAGGGUGCACAGUCCAUCGUGAACUAUAGUCAGGGCAGCCUGAAGGAGGCAGUGAGGAAGCUGGUGGGCAGUGAUGGGGUGAACGUGGUCAUCGACGCUGUGGGAGGAGAUGUCUUCCUGGAGGCUCUCCGCAGCCUGGCCUGGGAGGGCAGGAUUGUGGUGGUGGGUUUUGCUGGAGGAACCAUUGCUUCUGUGCCGGCCAACCUUCUGCUCCUGAAGAAUGUCUCUGCUAUGGGGCUGUACUGGGGCCGAUACAAAGAGCAGAACUUUCCCAUCUUCUCCAGAAUCCUGUCCUCUGCUCUUCAGUACUGCCAGCAAGGGCGCAUCCAGCCACACAUCGGAGCGGUUUUUAAGCUGGAGGAGGUCAAUGAUGCCUUCCUUCAUGUGAUACAGCGCAAAUCCAUGGGCAAGUCACUGUUUGGCCGUCCCAGCGUCUUAACCAUUAGCCUGAAAAAAGAAUCAAUGCAGCUCCGAGUGAACGUAUUUAUUCGAUAUUCAAGAUUUUCCCCAGCUCUUCCCCGCCGGCUGGCUGCCGGAGAAAUCUCUCCCACACACCUACCUCUUCUUUUUCACCAGCUGUGGGUCUGUCCACCUGCAUACACUUCUCUCAACAACUCAAGUGAGGUAUUAACUAAGGGAUGACCUUGUCUCUACAUCGUCAGGAUAUUUGUCCCCGCUCCUUCCUCUGCAGCUGUGGCAAAGACCUCGAAAGAUUUGUUACGUAGCAAGCGAAGAGAAAUAAAGGUGUCCUCACGUCAUCGCUUGUGUUCAACAACAACAACAACAAAAUUAAAUAAAGGAAGAAAAAUUUGCACUAUUAUUUCUUCCACUUCAUUUUUCUUCUCGGAUUUUGUAAGUGAAUCAAAGAGCAGUGAGUUUUCAAAAUAGUUAUUGUUUAUAAAAGUCAUGGGAAGGGAAGGCCCAAAUGAAACAAAUGCUGGCAUGUCUAACUGUUCUCUUCCCCUGGCUUCUUUGUCACAGCUUAUUGCUAGAUGGAAGCCCUGAGGUGGAAGGAUGCCGACUUCUGGAACUUUGCUAUUGUUGAGAAAUCCUAUACAGAGUGAUUAUUAUUUUUAGAAAAUUUGUGCUGUAUGUAGAAAUAGUUUCUUAAACUUCA